CCCAUUUCUUCGCACCUAAGUCACGAUGUGCUCUAUCAUAUAAACUAGGCUCCGAUUAGGGUCCGAUUUCGACACAGUGGUUCAACUCAUUAGAUAAUGUGUAAUAUUGUGUCUUCGUAAGCCUAAGGAUACUUUGAAUGGAUAGUUAUUCAACGGCCUAGGUAGAGACGGCUAGCUUUCCUAUGCCAACGCCUUCCACCCGAACCAACUUCGUUCGUAUACCCAGGUAUAAUGGCAAGCUUUUCGCCUCAUGGUGUAUUCCCCCGCUUCACCCCGAAGUCGCUGGCUAUGUAUGCAAGUAAAAAAGACCCAUCCAGAUGUUCAACUACUCUGGAUGAGAGGUAGUAUGGGAGUACACAAUAGGUAAGUUAGGUGGGUGAGUAGCGGGGGAAGUUCGUGUUCGUUCAAUUGCCAGUUAUAUAUCCCAUCAUACGACGUUGGAUAGAUCUGAUGUUUUCUUCGUUAUUUCGCAUCCAAGAAAAUACAUAUACCUCGUUGCUUGAUUGAUAAGACUAAACACACCGACGAGUCCGAAAAAAAUGGGACAACAAAAUCUACUCGACGUGCUACGAUCGCACACUGCAGUUGAUUGUGAUACGUUCGAUGACCAAGUACCAAAGCAACUCGGCCCAUUCGUGGAUUGUACAUCAAACCAGGCCAUCGCAUACCAUGAAUUAAUCCGUGUUGAUGGCGAUGGGAACUUGAUACAUGCGCAAUUGAUUCGUGAUGCCGUUGACUAUGCAUCAUCAAAGAGCAGCGCAUAUCCGGAUGUUACCGCAGCCGAAUUGGCGGUAGAGACCAUGAUGGUCAAGCUGGCUCUCAGAAUAGUGCCUUAUUUGACGGGGUACUCCCAUAUUCAGACAAAUCCAAAGUAUUCCUAUGAUAAGCAGAAAACAAUCAAUAAUGGGAAACGUAUCGUGGCGAUAUUUAAGGACUUAGACCCAAAAUAUGACACCCGACGGGUCUGCAUCAAAGUACCGUCUACCUGGGAGGGUAUGCAAGCGUGCCGCGAAUUAGAGAACCAGGGUAUUGCCACAUUGGCGACAACCAUGUUUUGCCUCGAACAAGCUGCUCUUGCGUCGCAUGUAGGUUGCACCUACAUCGCGCCAUAUAUCAAUGAGCUACGAGUGCACUUUGACGAGAACUAUGUCGACCAACACAAGGCGUUUGACUUCUGCGGUUCCGCUCAACGAUACUACGGGAAAAUCGGAAGCAAAACCAAAGUCUUACCAGCCAGCUUAACAUCCAUCCAAGAAGUUAUGAUGCUAGCCGGCGUUCACCACAUCACUGUCGCACCACACCUGUUGACCAAGUUAGCAGAGACGCCAGCGAAUCCUUGGGAAGGAGACACUGGGAGUGUGAUUCAAAAUCAAAGUCAGGAAGAAUUUAGCGACUAUAAUGGCAUAAUAGAGGACGAGAGUGCUUGGCGCUUAGCUUUUACCCGAAGUCAAGAGGGCAAGGCUGAGGUGAAGAUCAUCCAAGCCAUCAACAUAUUUUGCGACAAACAGGAUGCUCUUGAAGGUCUGGCGCGACAAUGAAGUGUAUGAAUUACUGAAUGGCGUCGAAUUAAUAAGCAAACCUGUUCAACUAUGAUUGAAUUCUCGUGUUGAAAGCUUCGGUUCUUGUUCAUGAUACCCCGUCUUCACAUAUGAUCAUGCCGCUUGCUUCUUUUUGCUGACAUGGAAGAGAAUAAAACGGGAACCGGAGAAAGAAAAGAAAAAAGAGCACUAUUAACCCUGUCAUGCUUCAUCGUGGCGUAAAA